AUGGCGCGGCCGCGCAUACCAAGAAGGAGCGGCAUUACCCUCGCUGCCCUGCGCAUUCUCGCGAUGGGGGCAUCGGUGGCGCUGCUGGCGAACCUGAUCUACGGCAGCGUGAAUUGGGGACAGACGUUUGGGCUCUCGUUUACGAUGGUUGCGAUCGCACUCCUCGUCGACGGCACUGAGCUCGCGGGCCUGCUCGACUCGUCGCGCGCGAUCCCGCGCGUCCAUCCGGCGUGCGUGAACGUCGGCGACAUAGUCGUGUUCUUCACCGCCUUCCCUUCCGUGUUCCUCGUCCUCCUCGGCGACUCCUUCGAGUCGUCGCGACCCGGACCGUAUCCGUGGGAGCUCACGAACUUUCUAUCCCUCAUACUCACGACAGUGAUAUGGUGA